ACCCCAACAGAUCGUACUGGUAAUGCAAGGAACAGCAGCGAUGUGAGGAGUGACAGAAGUGGUAGACGCAGGAGGGUCACCACCUACACUAAAGAGACAUACGAUCGUAACGUGACUCGAAGUCGCACCACACCAAACGUGGACCAUUCGCCUGUACCAGAAAUGAGACAUUUCAAGCACGAUGACCACGACAUUAAACCAAUAGAGAAUCCGCAAAUACACACUCAUCACGACAGCGUCGACGAAAAACACGUUGAACAAGGUUUCCAACGCUCGGAGAAAUCCGAAGAGCACAUGGAGAAAGAGACUCACAGCAGUACGCAGUCUUAA